CUCGCUUCCAGGCUCCGCGCCCGGAGACUGUCAUCGUUUCAACGGGAGAGGCGAAGGGCAUCUGGGAUACCGGCCGAGAGGGGAGUCGUUGAAACGCGUUUCUUGAGUGGACAGACAGACCAGUGGACGGUGGACGUUUCCUUCAUCCCUCUCUGUCCUGGGUCUGACCUCACUGGAGUUUUAUUUCCUGUCGUCGUUCUGAGGUUGAGGACGUCCGGCCUGUCGGACUGACCACCACCACCGUGUGUGUGAUACUUUAAGGACUGCUUAUGCAUCGUUUAAGGACUUGUGCGGCGCGGUUGCGUCCGCUUACCGCCUCGCAGGCGGCUCAGACUGUCGGCCAGCAGCGGCCAAUCACAGUCACCUCCACAGGUGGCACAAGGACGUUUCAGCCAAUCAGGUGCUACUCGGCACCGGUGGCCUCGGAGCCAUUCCUUAACGGGACGAGCUCCAACUAUGUGGAGGAGAUGUACUACGCCUGGCUGGAGAACCCCAAGAGUGUUCACAAGUCGUGGGAUGUGUUUUUCCGGAACGCUAACGCCGGUGCUCCUCCUGGUGCUGCCUACCAGUCUCCUCUGUCUGCGGCGUCCGGCCUCGUCGCUCCUCAGCUCUCCUCUCUGGUCGGAGCUCAGCCCAACGUGGAGAAGCUGGUGGAGGAUCACCUGGCCGUCCAGUCCCUCAUCAGGGCCUACCAGAUCCGAGGGCACCAUGUGGCCCAGUUGGACCCCCUCGGCAUCAUGGACGCCGAUCUGGACUCGUGUGUCCCCACUGACAUUAUCACCUCCUCCGACAAGCUGGACGUGACGGUUUUCAAGGAGAGGCUGAGAAUCCUAACGGUAGGAGAGUCAGACUGCCACUCACAGUUUAGUGUCGGCUGCAGACGGAGCGGCUUCUACGGUCUGGAUGAGUCGGACCUGGACAAGGUGUUUCGCCUGCCCACCACCACCUUCAUCGGCGGUUCAGAGAGCGCCCUUCCCCUGAAAGAGAUCAUACGGCGCCUGGAGAUGGCGUACUGUCAGCACAUCGGAGUGGAGUUCAUGUUCAUCAACGACCUGGAGCAGUGUCAGUGGAUCAGGCAGAAGUUUGAGACUCCAGGGGUGAUGCAGUUCACUCUGGAGGAGAAGAGGACUCUGCUGGCCCGUAUGGUCCGGUCCACCAGGUUCGAGGAGUUCCUGCAGAAGAAGUGGUCUGCAGAGAAGCGCUUCGGUCUGGAGGGAUGUGAAUCUCUGAUCCCUGCUUUGAAAACCAUCAUCGAUAAAUCCUCUGAGAACGGCGUGGAGAACGUCAUCAUGGGCAUGCCUCACAGGGGCCGUCUGAAUGUUUUGGCCAAUGUGAUCCGUAAAGAGUUGGAGCAGAUCUUCUGUCAGUUUGACUCCAAACUGGAAGCUGCUGAUGAGGGCUCUGGAGACGUGAAGUACCACCUGGGUAUGUACCACCGUCGUAUCAACCGCGUGACGGACAGGAACAUCACCCUGUCUCUGGUGGCCAACCCCUCUCACCUGGAGGCCGUCGACCCCGUCGUCCAAGGGAAGACCAAAGCGGAGCAGUUCUAUUGUGGAGACACCGACGGGAACAGGGUGAUGUCCAUCCUGCUCCACGGAGACGCUGCGUUUGCAGGUCAGGGAAUCGUCUAUGAAACGUUUCACCUGUCUGACCUGCCGUCCUACACCACACACGGCACCGUGCACGUCGUCGUCAACAACCAGAUCGGUUUCACCACAGAUCCCCGUAUGGCCCGAUCGUCUCCGUAUCCGACUGACGUGGCUCGAGUCGUCAACGCUCCCAUCUUCCACGUCAAUGCCGACGACCCUGAGGCCGUCAUCUACGUCUGCAAGGUGGCCGCUGAGUGGAGAGCCACGUUCCACAAGGACGUGGUGGUGGACCUGGUGUGUUACCGCCGGAUGGGUCACAACGAGAUGGACGAGCCGAUGUUCACUCAGCCGCUGAUGUACAAACAGAUCAAGAAGCAGAAGCCUGUUCUGCUGAAGUACGCUGAGAAGCUGAUCGCAGAGGGAGCCGUGAGCCGGCAGGAGUACGAGGAGGAGAUCGCCAAGUAUGAUAAGAUCUGUGAGGAGGCGUACGCUCGCUCCAAGGACGAGAAAAUCCUCCACAUCAAGCACUGGCUGGACUCCCCAUGGCCCGGUUUUUUCACUCUGGACGGACAGCCAAAGUCUAUGAGCUGCCCCUCCACCGGUCUGUCUGAGGAAAACCUGAGCCACAUCGGACAGGUGGCCUCGUCCGUCCCUGUGGAGGACUUCACCAUCCACGGAGGUCUGAGUCGUAUCCUGAAGGGCCGAGCUGAGAUGGUUCGGAACCGGACCGUGGACUGGGCUCUGGGAGAGUACAUGGCCUUCGGAUCGCUGCUGAAGGAGGGAAUCCACAUCAGGCUGUCGGGACAGGACGUCGAGCGAGGGACGUUCAGCCACCGUCAUCACGUCCUCCAUGACCAGAACGUGGACAAGAGGAUCUGUAUUCCCAUGAACCACCUGUCUCCUGACCAGGCGCCGUACACCGUGUGCAACAGCUCGCUGUCCGAGUACGGCGUCCUCGGUUUUGAGUUGGGUUUUGCGAUGGCGAGUCCCAACGCUCUGAUCCUGUGGGAGGCUCAGUUUGGAGAUUUCCACAACACGGCUCAGUGCAUCAUUGACCAGUUCAUCUGUCCCGGUCAGGCCAAGUGGGUCAGACAGAACGGCAUCGUGCUGCUGCUGCCGCACGGCAUGGAGGGCAUGGGUCCAGAACAUUCUUCAGCUCGUCCUGAGAGAUUCCUCCAGAUGUGUAAUGACGACCCAGAUGUUAUGCCUACCAUCACUGAGGACUUUGCGGUGCGUCAGCUCUACGACUGUAACUGGAUCGUGGUGAACUGUUCAUCUCCUGGAAACUACUUCCACGUCCUCAGACGACAGAUCCUCCUGCCGUUCAGGAAGCCGCUCAUCGUCUUCACUCCCAAAUCUCUGCUCCGUCACCCAGAGGCCAGGUCCAGCUUUGACGAGAUGCUGCCUGGAACUCACUUCCAGAGGCUGAUCCCAGAAGGAGGCUCGGCACUGGAGCGUCCGGAGGAGGUGAAGAGACUGAUCUUCUGCACGGGGAAGGUUUACUACGAGCUGACCAAAGAGAGGAAGAACAGAGGGAUGGAGGGAAGCGUGGCCAUCGCACGCAUGGAGCAGUUGUCUCCGUUCCCGUUCGACCAGGUGAAGGCCGAGUCGGAGCGCUUUGCCAACGCUGACCUGGUUUGGUGUCAGGAGGAGCACAAGAACCAGGGGUACUACGACUACGUGAAGCCGCGCAUCAGGACCACCAUCCAGAGAGCCAAACCUGUCUGGUAUGUUGGUAGGGAGCCGGCGGCAGCUCCGGCUACAGGAAACAAAAACACUCAUCUGAUGGAGCUGCGGCGUUUCCUGGAUGCCGCCUUCGACCUGGACGCAUUCAAAGAUCAGCAGUAAACCUGUGACCUGCAACACCUGGAAUAUACCCUCACCUCUGACCCCUGACCCCGCUGGAUUCAGUUACACACACAGACUGCAACAUCAACUGAACACACACACACACACACACACAGCUGUACAACUACUGUGUAGUACUGUGUCAGUAGUGCACACAUGUAAUCAGCAGUAUUACAGUGCAGUAUCAGCUUCAGGCUCAACUCCACCCACAGGAAACACAGCAAUUCAACUAUCCAAGCAACGCGUUGCCGCAGCCGCUGCUUUAAGAUUCCAGGUUCAGUCUGAGUCUGUUGCUUUUCAGAGCUCAGGCUGAGAAUCGUUUGGUUUUCUGACGUUUGAAGGAACCAGAACUAAUCUGAUGCUGCCAAGAUUCAGGUUUGGAAGUGUUUUUAGAAAAAUGUGCACAAAGAACAGAGACAUGAAAGAAAAGAAAACCAUGAUGUUAGUGAGGACGUGACACAGCUCUUUCUUCUUCUGUGUCUGAGCAGUUUAACCUGGGUUUCAUUUGUUACUGAUUGAUUAACAUUGAUUGGUUUAUGGGCCACAGGUCUAAACACUAGCAACCACAAAGAAACGUCACCUGAAUAAAAUCUUGUCUAAAAUUGGCAGAUUUUUUUAAUGAAGUCUGAAACUUUAGGAUCAGAUUCAGACAGAAACAUUUCAGCCCAGUGAGCAACGUGGAGAGUCGGUACGAGGCAACUCGUCUGGGCAACACACAGGUUUCAGGCAGCAUGAAGGAAAACUCAGAGAUGUCUGAUGAGGCAACGUUGCUCCACAAAAAGUUGCAUCAAACCAUCUGGGGGAGUUGAGCCUUAAGCCUGAACCUAAACCUUCAUGACCUUUCACCUUUCAACACAUGCACCCUUCUCCGUCCACACACACACACACACACACUCCACCUCCAGCUGUCUUCUGUAACAUCAGGUCAUUAGAGCAGAUGGUUUAGAAAACACACACAGUGACACCUCCUGUUUCCUUUUUCUCAUCUUCAUCCUCAUCACUGCUUCCUCAGUCAGGUCCUAAAAUCAUCCUCCCUUCACCUGAAACGUUGCCGGAAACAUUUUAUUUUUAGUUUUUCUUUAAUGUCUCGUUAGCAUAGUUAGCGCUCCCCAUUGAAAACCAAUGUGAGCGCAGCUAGCUGAGAAAAGAGUGUGAUAUUUGAGGAUUGGUAUCACUACAGCAGGUAGAGGUGUUUUGCCUUUCAGCAGGUGUGUUCACUCGUUGAGUAAAGUCUGUAAUUAGUCACCAUGGCAACGCUUAACUCGCACACUUGAGAUUUUAUUCUAUUCGUCUUUUAUUUUGAAGGGAUAUCUGGGGAAUAAAAUGGUGGAGGUCUGCGCUGUCAGGCGUCCCUACAUGAGCUCAACCCAAUGCACUGCUGAUGAUUGUGAAUUAACCCCGGGCUUCUGUCUCUCCUCUUCUCUCUGCUGAGCAUUUAUCCUGUGCCAAACUGCAGCGGAGCGUCUCAUGUUUUUAUUGUUUUUCGUGUGGAGCAGCUGAAUGAACUCUGUCGGCGGGAAAAAGCAGAAAAUGAAACGACAGCAGAAGAUGAGAUCAGCUGGGCUUCUGCGAGACAAAGAAAAUGAUUUAUUUAUUUUCAUAAUAGGGGAUUGAAAUUCUCUUCAUUAUUUUGCUUCAUUCAAUAAAGAAACUGUAUGUACUGAA